UUGUUUUUGGAGAGUUAAGCGUGGGUAAGAGAAACCUAGAACUAGAAGGCUUGGCGCGUUCGACUUGUAUAACAGCCAUUUAUCUGAAUCUCAUAAUAACUGAGAAGCCUUCAAAAGUGUGUAUGCGAAUUCUUCAUUCUCACUUUCAGCCAUGACGGACGGUCAUCUCUUCAACAACAUCACCCUCGGAGGCCGCGGAGGCACCAAUCCAGGGCAGAUAAAAAUAUAUUCUGGAGGAAUUAUAUGGAAGAGACAGGGUGGUGGCAAAUUAAUUGAAGUUGAUAAAUCCGACAUAAUGGGGGUCACAUGGAUGAAGGUUCCAAGGACUAACCAACUUGGUGUUCAAAUCAAAGAUGGGUUGUACUACAAGUUCACUGGAUUUCGUGACCAGGAUGUUGCAAGUUUGACCAAUUUUUUCCAAAACACCUGUGGAAUAACGGUAGAGGAGAAGCAGCUUUCUGUUAGUGGGCGUAAUUGGGGAGAAGUUGAUCUAAAUGGAAAUAUGCUGGCUUUUAUGGUUGGUUCAAAGCAAGCUUUUGAGGUGUCUUUAGCAGAUGUCUCUCAAACGCAGCUUCAAGGGAAGAAUGAUGUGAUCUUGGAGUUUCAUGUGGAUGACACAACUGGAGCUAAUGAGAAAGAUUCACUGAUGGAGAUAAGUUUCCACAUACCAAAUUCCAACACCCAGUUUGUUGGUGAUGAAAAUCGUCCUCCUGCUCAGGUUUUCCGUGACAAAAUAAUGUCUAUGGCUGAUGUUGGCGCAGGAGGUGAAGAUGCUGUUGUUACAUUUGAGGGUAUUGCAAUCCUUACACCAAGGGGACGAUACAGUGUGGAGUUACACAUGUCAUUCUUGCGGCUUCAGGGACAGGCUAAUGAUUUCAAAAUCCAGUAUAGCAGUGUGGUUCGCCUAUUUUUACUACCAAAGUCUAAUCAACCACAUACCUUUGUCAUUAUUAGUCUUGAUCCCCCUAUUCGGAAGGGACAAACUUUGUACCCUCAUAUUGUGAUGCAGUUUGAAACUGAUUAUGUUGUUCAAAGUGAACUGGCAAUAAAUGAAGAUCUUUAUAACUCAAAGUACAAAGACAAGUUGGAGCUGUCUUAUAAGGGGCUUAUUCAUGAAGUGUUCACCACAAUAUUACGUGGCUUGUCCAGUGCUAAAGUGACUAAGCCUGGAAAAUUUAGGAGUUGUCAAGAUGGUUAUGCAGUGAAAUCAUCUUUAAAAGCUGAAGAUGGAAUUCUGUAUCCCCUUGAGAAGAGCUUCUUCUUUCUACCUAAACCUCCAACUCUUAUUCUUCAUGAAGAGAUUGACUAUGUGGAAUUUGAGCGGCAUGCUGCUGGUGGUUCCAAUAUGCAUUAUUUUGACCUUCUUAUCAGAUUAAAAUCUGAACAAGAGCAUCUCUUCCGUAAUAUUCAGAGAAACGAGUACCACAAUUUGUAUGAAUUUAUCAGUUCGAAGGGCUUGAAAAUUUUGAACUUGGGAGAUGCCCAACCCACUGUUGGUAUAAAGAAGGUUCUCGAGAAUGAUGAUGAUGAUGCUGUUGAUCCACAUCUUGAGCGCAUAAAAAAUGAAGCUGGUGGAGAUGAAAGUGAUGAGGAGGAUUCUGAUUUUGUUGCUGACAAGGAUGAUGAAGGUUCUCCCACUGAUGAUUCUGGGGCAGACGAUUCUGAUGGCAGUGAUAGUGGUGAUGAGAAAGAGAAGCCUGCCAAAAAGGAAUCAAAGAAGGACCUGCCUUCUAAGGCAUCUACUUCUAAAAAGAAACCAAAAGAUGAUGAAGAUGGAAAGAAGAAAAAACAGAAGAAGAAAAAGGACCCAAAUGCACCGAAGAGGGCAAUGUCUGGUUUCAUGUUCUUUUCUAAAUUGGAAAGAGAGAAUCUGAAGAAAACUAAUCCUGGAAUUUCAUUUACGGAUGUGGGAAGAGUACUUGGAGAGAAAUGGAAAAAGAUGUCAGUGGAAGAGAAGGAACCAUACGAGGAAAAAGCACGGGCAGAUAAAAAACGUUACAAAGAUGAGAUUAGUGGGUACAAGAAUCCCCAACCCAUGAAUAUUGAUUCAGGAAAUGAUUCUGACAGUGCCUAAGGCUGUUUUCAAAAUUGUGAAAAAUCCUGCUAGUUUAUGCAGUUUUCUAGAUGCUGGCUAAGGUAACUACUCACGUAAAAUGACCCAAGUUUAUGCCUUUUGAAAUGUCUUGAUAAUAACUUGUAAAAGGUCACUGGAACGUGCUCAAAAGUUUUGUAAUCUGGGGAGUUGGAAAUGCCAGUUGCUUUGCAUGGCUUUAGGGAAGGCAGGGGAAGGUGAGGUUGCUGUGGUGACUAAGUUGUUGUGUUUAAUUACAUUAAUGAUCCGUGUUUGUAGCCCAAUUUAUUAGCAUAUGGGCUAAAAUGACAAUGCCUAUGAAGUUUGUGACCUGAUCUAGGAUUUGUAACGAUUUUUCGUUUCAACUUUUGCAUUAAUUACAAGGUCUUAAAUAUUAGCUUAAA